CUUUCAUGGUCUUUUCAAAUCGUCACUCUUGCUUCAGAAACCAAUUCAUCCCUUCAAUCUUCCAUAUUCAGUGAUCUCAAAGCUACAAAUUCUAGCCGAAAACGAAAAUGCUUCAAGAAAUUUUCAGUCCCUUUGAGACCUAUCAAUGCGAUGCUUUGAAAUCCAUCUGUGAGCGUCUUCUUGAAGAUGAUGAUGAUGGUGUCAACGCAACAUUUUAUGCACCAACUCCUGCAAACACGUACUCAAGGAGUUCAAGCUUCAGCAAUCUCUUGCUGAUGGACAGUUGGAGCGAGCUGCCCCUAAAAGUCAAUGACUCGGAGGACAUGUUGGUAUACGGCGCUAUGUGCGAUGCGCUCAAUUCUGGGUGGACGAUGCCUUCGUCUUCGAAUCAAGAACUUGAUUUUGAAGUGACGACCAUUGAUAAUAUUGGUCUAGCCUCGAAUCAAGGACUUGAUUUCGAAGUGACGUCCAUCAAUUAUAACAGCAAUGGUUUGGCGACGGAGAAGAAACUGGAGACGGUGGAGCAGGAGGUACAAGUGUCGGUCGAGAAGACACAUUUUAAAGGAGUGAGAAGGCGGCCAUGGGGAAAAUACGCGGCGGAGAUAAGGGACCCCAAGAAGAACGGGGCAAGGAUUUGGCUCGGGACUUACGAGACACCUGAGGAUGCGGCAUUGGCCUAUGACCGAGCAGCUUUUAAGAUGAGGGGGUCCAAGGCCAAGGUUAACUUUCCUCACCUCAUCGGCGCGACUGAGUACGAGCCUGUCAGGGUCAGCCGCAAGCGUUGUUCUGCCGAGCCUAGCUCGCCAUCCACAUCCAGCGAUGACGGCUUGGUGACGAGCACGAAGAGGAGAAAGAGAGAUGUCAAUGUGGGUGCUGAGGUGGAUUUUGGAACUCAAAACCCCUUUCCCAUAUCGGAUAUUGGUUUUUGGAGUGGGGAUGAACAAUUUGUACUUUGAUCAUGCAAACUGCAAAGACAUUGUUUUGAUUAAUGAGAAGUCAAUCAGGCAUUUUUUGUUGCAGAAACUA